UAGUACACGUAUUACGCCGGGUUCACACGGAGUCGUAAACUGGUCGAGAAUACUACUCGCUCUGCGCAUGUCUCACGACUGCUUGAUUUUCACGACCGAUAAUAUACGACCUCCAGUUCACACGAAUUAAUAUCUGAAAGGCGUCGCGACCAGAAAUGAACAGCCACUGACAGUUGUUCAUGGUUGUUCUAGUUCAUGGUACGUUUUUUAUUUAUUUGUUUUUGUGUUUAAUCAUGGCUAAACGGGAAAGUGCAAAAAUUGUGUGUGAACUUUUAAUAAAUGAAUUACAACGUUUGAAAAAUGUUAAAAAAAAGAAACGUGUGUGGGUCCGUGAUUGGAUAAAAAAACGAAAUACUCUUGGUGCCACUAAUAAUAUAUGUCAAGAAUUAUCUUUGGAAGAUCAAAGUAGCUACAGAAACUUUUUUAGAAUGGAUCCAAGUCUACAUUUAUAUUUGCUUAGUAAAAUAAAAGUAGCGAUUCAAAAAGAAGACACCAAUAUGAGAUUGGCGAUUCCAGCAGAAUGUAAACUUAAUGUCACCUUAAGAUUCUUAGCGACCGGUGAUUCAUUCUCCAGUUUACAAUAUUUAUUUAGAAUACCAAAAAACACUAUAAGUACAUUUAUUCCUGAGGUAUUAGAUGCGAUUUACAGUGCUUUAUUGGACUUUUUAAAGGUGCCAAACUCUGUAGAAGAGUGGAAAGAAAUCGAAAAAGGUUUUAAUGAAAAGUGGAAUUUCCCAGGAUGCAUUGGAGCAAUUGACGGCAAGCAUGUGGCUAUUCGUGCUCCAAUGUUUAGUGGAAGUGAGUAUUAUAAUUAUAAAAAUUCAUUCAGUAUAAUACUUAUGGCUGUAGUUGAUGCCAAUUAUUGCUUCCGUUACAUUGAUAUUGGAGCUCAAGGACGUCAUUCUGAUGGAGGUGUUUUUGACCAUUGUUCUUUAAGACAUAUGAUUGAACAAAAUAAACUGCAUAUUCCAGAAAACUUUGUGUUUGUGGGAGACGAAGCGUUCCCAUUAAAAUCCUAUUUGAUGAGACCCUACCCUAGAAGAGAAUUGAAUACUGAUUGUAAAAUAUUCAACUACAGGCUGUCAAGGGCGAGGAGAACCGUAGAAAACGCUUUUGGUAUUUUGGUUUCGCGAUUUCGUGUAUUUGAGAAACCUAUAGCUACUUCUGUACCAACUGCAGUAAAAAUUGUAAAAACCGCGUGCGCCUUACACAAUUGGCUGCAGACAAGACGUGAUUCGAAUUAUUUUUCUCUUGGACUUAUUGAUAAAGAAGACUUGGAACACUAUACUUUUACACCUGGUUCAUGGAGAGAAGAAUCUAAAAGUAAUGGACUUAUCCAGUUGCAGCCAUUACCUCCUAGGUUUCCUGAUCGCAGUGCAAGAGAACUUAGAAAUUAUUACUGUAAUUAUUUCAAUGGAGUUGGAGCAGUGCCAUGGCAAAAUGAAAUAAUUCGUUAGUAUUAUGAAUACCACAAGUAAAACGAUUUCAAUAAAUUAACUAUGUAAAGAAAAAUAAAAUAAAUUUAUCUAAAUAAGUUUAUCUAUUA